UCUGAGCAUCGCGACAUUUAAUCAACUGGCAACAUCAAAAUCGCCCAAAGGGAAAUUGCCAAACAAGUAUUGACUGUUCAGGGUGCUGCCCCGCUCCACGAAAUGCUAUCGUCUCUCACAUGGAUACUUUAAUAAACCGGCCCUUUGACUCAGUGUCUGCUGCGUAACAUCUGUGCUCGUCGCUCCAGUUCUAGGCUAUACUCGAUCGUUGUGGCGUUCACAGUCGAUUCACCCACUGGUCGCUCACCGUUGGGCUAAAUUAUUUGACUUGGCUCAUCCAAACUGUUGCAGCACACACCUUAAGGAAACCCACCUCAACCAGCUUUUGUUUUUCUUGCUAUGAGGAACUCCAAUUUCAACUUCACUUAAACCCCCGGCGCUAUGCCUGCUCCAAUUGUGUACGAUGGAGUCAGCGGAGGGGGCAACCGUGAUGACUUGCUCUUCAGCGGCAUCAAGUUCUGGCUCGCUCUUCGUGUGCCUAGCAGGCUCAAAUUCAAGGAGAAAAUCCAGAGUAAUGGCGGCGAGGUUGUCCCCAUGGAGCGGCAGGCAGACAUUUUGAUUGCUGAUGACGCUGCCCCCAAAAAGGCACCUUCGAACUGGGACUCGUAUUCAUGGAAGUUCAUUGAUGCCGCUAUUGAGAAAGGGGAGCUUCCCGACAAGGCAGACUAUCUGAUUCCCAGACCAACAUCGGCUGCCACUGCCACACGAGCAUCCAUACCCGCAAACGGUAGCUCCAAGGGAACACGGACGCCAUUCACCGCCGAGGAUGACCGGAUCCUCACGGAAUGCGCGAGGAGACAGUUGUGUGCUCCCCAAGGCCCCGGUAUGAAGGGAUCCCUGAAGGGGAUUACGUUUUGGGCAGACUUUGCCGCAAAAAACCCUAGACAUACUGCGCAAUCGUGGAGGGAUAGAUGGCUCAAGAAACUUGCCCAUUUGCCAGGCAAUGAUGAACCACUGGAUGCCGAGCCAGAGGAGACUACCGCACAUGCUAGCAGGGAACAAACUGCCUGCGCACUCACUGAGUCAAGCCCACGCUCAAAGAGUCCUCGGCCCAAAUCAAAUCCUCAAGUACCACUCGCAAAGGCUCGUACGGCCAAAGAAGGCGGCCGACAGAGAUUUACUCCAGCCGAAGACGAGGCUCUCAUUGAGGCUGUUGAUGAGGCACGGAGACUAGGUGAGAACAUUGGUGGCAAACUGUUUUAUGAGGAAUUUGCAAAAGCGAAUCCCACGCACACUGCUGAGUCCUGGAGGAGCCGCUACCAUCGAACGCUUGCACCAAGGCUUUUCCCGGACGGAUUGCCUGCUUCAGAUGAUCAGCCAGAGGAAACUCGACGCGUAGUCACAAAUACAAGCUAUAAAACUAAACACGAUCGCCGUGACCAACCGGACAACUCUCGCGGCCAAGCCUCACAGGCCAAUGAUGGGGAUCCCACCAAAAAUGCGGAUGAUAUUGAAGAUCCCCCAACUCCCGAAGCCCGCGAGGCUCAACCACGGGAAACCAGGACUCCGCCAGCUCAAUCACCCAAGUCCGCUGGGGAUAGCGAGUCGAUGGAGAGACACCACAACCAAUCCCAGACACCUACAACACCAACGCACGAUAGGCACACGGCAAUAAGAAGCGACGAGAUUGACACAUAUCACGAGUUCUACGACUUAUUGGGGGAAUAUGUGAAAGUAUGUCCGAACACAAUCGACACGAAGCCUCGUAUUCGUGGAGUCAGACUUGAUCUGUUCAAGUUGCAGCAAGCUGUAGAGUCACAGGAUGGGGACUUGGACGAAUGCGACUGGUCACUAGUCUGUGAAGACAUUGGAUUUGAAUCCCCCGACCCCGAGUUGGCCAAAACGGUUGAAGCAUGCUAUCGAACCAAUCUACAGGGCUUUAUAGAAUUCUAUCUUGGCUUCGAGGAAGGCUGCUCGGAGUUGGUUUCGCCAGAAUCAGACUUGGGCAGCAGGAUUCUUGUGAAUCAAGAUGAGGGCUCGGGAUUGGAUACGGUUCUCCCCCAGGCAUCUUCACCGGGCCAUGAAGAACAUAUAGGUUCCGAUGACGAGCUACCCGAGGUCCAGUUCGGACCAAGAUCGUCGCCAACUCCACGACAUCUGGGCAAGCGCCAUAGAACGACAGAAGCUGUCAAUGGACGACGGAAACGAAAGCGGUUGUCUCGGGAUCUUGAAAUCCCUGACACGCCCCAAGUUAACUCAAAGCUCCGGGAUCAAACUGCAUUUGAUGAUCCUGAGAACGGUGUCAAUGAGGAAGAUGAAGGCGAAGAGAAUGGGGAUUUCCAGGGUACACAAGACCCAUUGGAUAACUCUUCCUCGCAGCAAUUAAGAUCAGAACACGGCCGAUCUGUCUCAAGCCGAAACAAUAAGCAGACAUCAAGCCAGGACAAUACAACCGCCGGGGCAAAUGGGCGAAACAAGGCCCCAAUCGUUGAAAAAGGUGAACCCGUGCGGUAUGCAGACCGUGACAGGCCCCCAAAGCAAGGUCAGCUGCCAGAAGCACUGGCAGCUACUUGCCGUAUCAACAAGAAUUUUGAUCCAAAAUCGGCAUCCUCUCGGACAGUCUCUGGGGUCUCUACCCGCCUGACACAUGGAGCGAACCUUCCCCCAAGAUCUGCACAGCCUCAUACAAUUCCUGUGCGCUCUACACCAGUAAAGAAACCUUUCAAACUUGACAAAGAAGCCCCCGUGAGACCCCGUGUAUUCUCCACACCGAAACCAUUACAAAGGCCUACUGCAAGCAAGCCCAUGGGGAUGAGUUCUCCACUAUCAUCUAUACCCAACGACAUACUCAGCGACAUCAUAUCACCCCUUGGCCCUAGAAGGCAGCCCGCCUCUCUUGUAACGCCAUCGGCGUCUUCAAGACGGGUCCCCGACACAUCUAGGCGGCCCUCGGCGCAGCGAAACUCGUUGGGAGGCUUGCAUUAUCAGGCUCAAACGAUAUUGCCCUCUAUCGAGGGAGGUCACGACAGCAUCGCUUCAACAUCCAGAUGCAGCGAAGAAGUCAAGCGCUUGGCAGCGCUAGGCUAUCGACAAGAUUUUAUCAACAAGCUCCUGCACGCCACAUCCGGGGACGUCACGGUGAUGAAAAAGGUAUGCGAGCUCAAGGCGCAGAAGAAGGCUAUGGGCUACCGUGCUGCCGGCCCAUCAGAAAGCAUGCCGAACAUGCGGGGCGUUUGGACGGCAGAGGAAGAUAGGAAGCUCAUCAAGAUCUACGAGUUUGAUCAGAUGGACGACGCGGACAAGACUGCAGUUGCCAAGAGGACCAAGGAUCAGGACGAGAGGGUGCUCAAGCAGAAGCACGGUUGGGAGGGUGCGCUGGAGGCACGGAAGAGGUUCUUGAUGCGAUAAUAGCAUAUUAUUGAUGAGUGACGAUACCCUGGACACUAGCAGAUGCGUCGUGUAAGGAAGGCAUAUUCUUGAUGGUCAUUUUAUCGUUCAGUUAUUUUUCGGUGCGAUGCAAGCAGGGAGUCCGGUCUUAUUUUGAUUUUGUGAUACCUUUUAUACCCAGACAAAUAGGGGCUCAGGCCACGUACACCUAAACAUCUUUCAAGCAUAGGGCGGAGCAUACACAAAUCCAGCACUCAAAGCUACCGGACAAGAUCAUGCCAACAAGUCAACAUAGCCACUCCCCUCCCUCCUCGGCUUCGAAGCCCUAAACAACAAGACCAUCCCAAACAUCCAGGUGUCGACCUCCUCGAAUUCCUUGUUCAACACCUCCUCAAACUCCUCCCGCGUGUCAUUGAUGUUGUUAAAGAUGCCCUUGCGGUUGUACAACCUAAGGUACCAGCGGCUGAACCAGCCUGUGGCGUGCCUCUCGCCCAGCACCGUGCAGCCCGACAAGACGCCG